AUGGACAAAAACAUUUAACAAUAAUAAUAAUAAUAUUUUUUUUGUGUUCCAAAGAAAUAAAUGACAAAAUGUUUAGUUUUGGGUGAACCAGUCUAUUCAAUUUAAGGCUAUUUUAAACUAGGUGUUCAAACAAGUGUUUGUGUAACUGGGCUCUCCCCCACUUUUCCCUAGUAGUUAUUUGUUCAAAACGUCGCUAAUCUCUCUCAUAAGGCCCAGUCCAGAUAAUUUACUAGGCACUAUAACAUAAUGCCCCCUCCCCUGUGGAGUGAAAGUCCUGCUCCACUACUGCGUCACACAGCAGCUCCAUGCGCCCUUAUGAGUGAGCUCGGUAGUAAUAUCACUGCACUAAAUAUGUGAGCACAUCAUCGGCGACGCUACACGCAGUACGCACUACACGCACUAGAUCUGCUCUACAGGUACAGAAGAUGGACGUGAAGGAUCAAGGCGCACAAAUGGAGCCUCUGCUGCCCGCGGUGGUCACCUCUCCUGGAAGACAAAGUGUGAGGAAUGAUGAGGAGGCCGUCGUGGACAGAGGAGGCACUCGAUCCAUGCUUAAGGCUGGACUGGAGAAGGAGGAGCUAGAAGGUCACAGGACUCUGUAUAUCGGUGUUCAUGUUCCUCUGGGCAGAAAAACCCGUCGACGCCAUCGACAUCAUGGACAUCGACACAGGAAGAGAAGCAGGGAAAGAGACUCAGGGGUCGAAGAUGGACGAGAAUCACCUUCAUACAAUACUCCCUCUCAGAGGGUUCAGUUUCUGCUGGGCACUGAGGAUGAUGAUGAAGAGCACAUACCACAUGACCUCUUCACUGAGCUGGAUGAGAUCUGCCUCCGUGAUGGAGAGGAUGCUGAGUGGAGAGAAACCGCCAGGUGGCUGAAGUUUGAAGAGGACGUGGAGGACGGCGGCGAGCGCUGGAGUAAACCGUACGUGGCCACGCUCUCUCUGCACAGCCUCUUUGAGCUGCGGAGCUGCAUCCUCAACGGCACCGUCAUGCUGGACAUGAGGGCCAGCUCUCUGGAGGAGGUCGCAGACAUGGUUCUGGACCAACAGGAAGUGGCUGGGCAUCUUGAAGAUGAUGUCAGGAAGAAGAUCAAAGAGGCUCUUUUGAAGCAGCACCAUCAUCAGAACCAGAAGAAACUGGCCAAUCGGAUUCCCAUCGUCCGCUCCUUUGCUGAUAUCGGGAAGAGACAGUCUGAGUCGAACUGCGUGGACAAAAACGGUCUGAUGAUUUCACCCCAGUCUCAACCCAUGAGCACAGAGGGCAAGAAUGACGUGAGCCGUGAAAACAGUGCCGUGGACUUCAGCAAGAUAGACCUGCACUUCAUGAAGAAGAUCCCUGCAGGUGCAGAGGCCUCUAAUAUCUUGGUUGGAGAGCUGGAGUUUCUGGACAGGCCUGUAGUGGCAUUUGUCCGCCUCUCUCCUGCCGUACUGCUCAACGGCCUGGCAGAAGUGCCCAUUACGACCAGGUUCCUGUUCAUCUUGCUGGGGCCUCUGGGUAAAGGGCCACAAUAUCACGAGAUUGGCAGAUCAAUUGCAACCUUGAUGACAGAUGAGGUUUUCCAUGAUGUGGCCUAUAAAGCUAAAGAUCGCAAUGAUCUGAUUGCUGGAAUUGAUGAAUUUCUUGACCAAGUUACAGUUCUGCCACCAGGAGAAUGGGACCCUUCCAUCAGGAUAGAGCCGCCAAAGAACGUCCCGUCCCAGGAGAAGAGAAAGAUCCCUGCAGUGCCUAAUGGAGAGCUGGCAGAGACAGAGGAACAUGGUGGACAUGGAGGCCCUGAGCUGCAGCGCACCGGGAGGUUUUUUGGUGGAUUGGUUCUGGAUGUGAAGAGGAAGGCUCCGCACUUCCUGUCGGAUUUCACAGAUGCGCUCAGCCUGCAGUGUUUGGCCUCUUUCCUGUUCCUGUACUGCGCCUGCAUGUCCCCUGUUAUCACCUUCGGAGGGCUGCUGGGAGAAGCUACAGAGGGACGCAUAAGUGCAAUUGAAUCUCUGUUUGGAGCCUCCAUGACUGGAAUCGCGUACUCGCUCUUUGCCGGACAGCCUCUCACUAUCCUGGGCAGCACCGGACCCGUUCUGGUGUUUGAGAAAAUAUUGUUCAAAUUCUGCAAGGAAUACGGGCUGUCGUACCUGUCCCUCAGGACGUGUAUCGGGCUGUGGACGGCGUUCCUCUGUCUGCUGCUGGUGGCCACUGACGCCAGCUCACUCGUCUGUUACAUCACACGCUUCACGGAGGAAGCCUUCGCCUCUCUCAUCUGCAUCAUCUUCAUCUACGAGGCCUUGGAGAAGCUCAUUCAUCUUGGGGAGACGUAUCCCAUUAAUAUGAACAACAAUCUGGAGAAACUCACCACUUACAGAUGUUCCUGUAUUGAGCCUGCAAACCCCAGCAAUGCCACCCUUCUGUACUGGGAGCAGAACAACAUCUCGGCUCCGGAGAUCUUCUGGGAAGCUCUGGAAGUUCAGGACUGCAUUGAGAAGAAGGGAGAAUUUGUCGGGUCAGCUUGCGGGCCUCAUGGUCCGUACGUUCCUGACGUUCUCUUCUGGUCUGUAGUUCUCUUCUUCUCUACAGUGGCCAUGUCAGCGUUCCUCAAAGAAUUCAAGACCAGCCGCUACUUCCCCACCAAGGUCAGAUCCAUCAUCAGUGACUUCGCAGUGUUCAUCACUAUUGCUACGAUGGUUCUGGUGGAUUACGCCUUAGGGGUGCCUUCACCCAAACUACAGGUCCCCAAUGAGUUUAAGCCAACUCGUGAUGACCGUGGGUGGUUCAUUAACCCGUUGGGUCCGAACCCGUGGUGGACGUGUGUGAUUACAGUCCUUCCCGCCCUCCUCUGCACCAUCCUCAUCUUCAUGGACCAGCAGAUCACAGCGGUGAUCAUCAACAGGAAGGAGCACAAGCUGAAGAAAGGCUGUGGCUAUCACCUGGACCUGUUCAUGGUGGGUGUGAUGCUGGGCGUUUGCUCUCUGAUGGGGCUGCCGUGGUUCGUGGCGGCGACGGUUCUGUCCAUCACUCACGUGAACAGUCUGAAGCUGGAGUCGGAGUGCUCGGCGCCCGGAGAGCAGCCCAAGUUCCUCGGGAUCAGAGAGCAGCGGAUCACCGGUCUCAUGAUCUUCCUCCUCAUGGGCUGCUCCGUAUUCAUGACCUCAGUGCUGAAGUUCAUUCCAAUGCCAGUGCUGUAUGGAGUUUUCCUUUACAUGGGCGCAUCUUCACUGAGAGGAAUACAGUUUUUUGAUCGUUUGAGAUUGUUCUGGAUGCCGGCUAAACACCAGCCAGACUUCAUUUACCUGAGACACGUCCCGCUCCGAAAGGUUCAUCUGUUCACCAUCGUCCAGCUCAGCUGUCUGGUUCUCCUCUGGGUCAUCAAAACCUCCAGGGCUGCCAUCGUCUUCCCCAUGAUGGUGUUGGCGCUGGUCUUUAUUAGGAAGCUGCUGGAUUUUUUCUUCACAAAGAGAGAGCUCAGCUGGCUCGAUGACCUCAUGCCCGAGAGCAAGAAGAAGAAGCUGGAGGACGCUGAGCGAGAAGAGGAGCAAAGUAUUUUGGCAGAGGAAGAAGGAAUCGUACAAGUGCCAUUGGAGGGACAUUACAAAGAUGAUCCUUCUAUUGUCAACAUUACUGAUGAAAUGUCCCGAGGCUCCUUUGGAAGUACUUGGAACACCGUCAACUCCAAAAAUGAUCCCAAAAGUCCCCUUUCCUAGAUGCUGAGCCCCCAAAGCCUGUCUAAUUAAGAGAGUGCACAAGGAGCGUCGAUGGAAAGAAGAGAUGAGAAUCUGACUUAUCUGAUACACUGUGUACACACACACCCUUAGCUAUCCAAAUAGACUUCUGUUGUUUUUUAGAAGGAAUAGUUCAUAAAAAUGAAGAAAAACUAUUCCUGAACUAUUGAAGUGAACUAUUCCUACUGUGGCCAGUUUCAUAAACAUAGCUGCUAAGUUAAGACUUAAGUCUUAAGAUCUAGUGUGAUCAACUAGCAAUUAGUUAGUCUGCGGUUUUCCCGUGGAAUUAGGGUACUUUUACACUGUUGGGUUGUUUUUCAUGUCCACGGGUUGAAGCAACCCUAAAUAACAUGAUAUCUAGCCCCUGGAAUGUGAAUUUGACCAGGGGAACCCCGCCCAAAAUGUGGAUUUUACCCCCCCGGAACGCGAUUGGGCUAGUUUUGUUGUGAAAACCUGGCAACCCUGGGGCUAAUCAGUCUUACACCGUGUCCUAACCAGGAUAACACAUAACUUACACUGAAAAGAAAUGAAAGCCAAUAGAACCCUCCAUUGCAACAGUAGUAGCCCUACACUUCCGCCAUUUUGGAGUGAAAGCGAGUCGUCAGUCCACUAGUUUCUAUGGCAAUAUCAGCUGCUUUGUUAAAAAAAAUGUACAUUAAAGCUAAAAUACAACCUGAAUGAUGACAACACAGAACAAAAUACUAUCACUAGUGAUCAUCAAAUCCUUUUUACAGUUUAUUUUACAGACUUUGUAUUUAAAUCUUCUACGUUUUUUCACAAAACCUUUGCUCUAGAAACCCAGUCAGAAAUUCAAGAACAAAAACACCGACAUGGAAAACAUUGCGUGUCGCGGCGCGUCUGGUUAGGACACGGUGUUACUUUUUUAUUCAAAUGAGACCAAUCUACCUUUUUAUGUAACUGACUUUCUUCAAGUUAUGACCAGUCUUGAAGAAAAUCAUUAGCAGACUAAUUUGUAAGACUAGUCUAAGCAGUUUAUGCAACCGGCCACUGUUAUGAAUAAUGCAAAUUUUAGGCUAAUCAGAAUAACCCGUACACGCUCUACCCCUAACCCAACUCCUAAAUGAUAACCUUUCACAUUUGUGUUAUGAUAAAAACAUUAUUUGCUUUAUGAACAUGAGUUUUUACAGAUUCUGGGCACAUUAUCCAGCAUUUUUGUCCUUAAAGUAACAAGUAAACGCACAUAUGAAGCUCCCAGUCUUGUCUUGUGUUUCUAUAUUUAUAAAGUAUAUCACAAUGCUAAGCUUUUUAGCUUCUAGGUAUAUAGCCUGUACAUACGUAAUAGUAAUACCAGCAAAUAAAGCGGAGACAUCGAUUGUUCAUGUGUGUAAGAUGAGGAGAAAGUGUGGCAGAAUUUGAAAAAUUUUAAACUUUAUUUUAAAUGCUCUCAAUAUUUUAUAUGUUUUGUAUUUUUUAAAAAGUAUUCCUACACAACUUUCACAUCCCUAAAGGUACAGUUUUAAACAAAGGUGUAGACAAUAUCUACAGAAAUUGAUUAGCUAAACCAAGGAUAUUUUUCAGCUUUUUGGCAAUAUAUUCAAGUUUGCCACCAUUGGGUCCUUGAGCAAGACACUUCACUUAUCGAGGGUCAGUUUUCCUGCAGUCACUGUACUUACUGUAAGACACUUGGAUAAAAACCAUAAAAACAUAUUGUAAGUUCUUGAUAUACCUGCGGAUAUCAGAAAAUUGCUGUAUUUUGCUGAACGCUGUCUUUGCAUUUAUGCAAUGAGGAAUUAAAUCUUAGAACAUUAAUUUUAGCUAUUCAUAUUUUUGCAAUUAUUUGUACUAAGAAUGCUGCUUGUGUAAAUAUUAUUUCCAUCAGACUUGUCUAAAGUUCAUACCUCUAUUUUGAAGGCUGUAUGUUGAUCCUCACAAUGCCAAAGUGUAGAUGUGUUUUCAUGCCAAUAAUGAUGAUGGAAAGACAUCUGAAGUCAUAUCAGCUGCACAUCAGUAAACUGUCCCCUCAAAAUGAUUGUCUGUAUUAUCUCUUAAGCAAUUGAAUGCAUUAUCUGGAUACUGUACUGUAAAUGCAUCUUCAGAUACAGAUUGCAUUCCCUUUUCAUAAAAAGCAAUAGUGUUUUAGAAGUGCGGGUCCAUCGAAUAAUGAUUUUAGUAUUUUGUUGCAUGUUGAGUUCCUUAUAAAAUGAAUUAUUUCCAUUUAAAAACCUGUAACUUCUGCCAUUUAUAUUGCUAUGGAUAUUUAUAACAAAUAUAUACAAAAUCAUACAUACUGUAAUAUUAUUACCAUAGUUUGAUUCAUAUGUUUUGCUCUUAUUGUUAUGCAUAUAUUUGUUUUGUAUGGGUAUAUCUUCACACUCAGAUGGUUUGAUUUUGAAAGACGAGUGAUUGUUUUCAUGCUAAUAUUUUCACAGUUUAUUCUGACUUAAGCUUUUAAGUCCUUUUAGAUUACUGGAGUAAUACAUCUAGUUCUUUUGACUGUGUGUUGAUGUUUGUGUAAAUUAUCUGGAAUAUAUCCUCUGUGUGUCUGUGCGGUGCGACUUUGAGAUCUUUUAACUGUGUGCUUUCAUUGUUUUUGGGGGGAUAUGGCAUAAAUAUCCUUCAUUUGCACUUGUGUUUCAUGAACUGGGAGAGAUAAUUAGAUUUUUCUGAAGUUUUUGUUCCUGCUUUUUCUUCUACAGUGAAAUAAAAAGCUCUGCCAUAUGAA